AAAUUGGAAUCCUGGUUAGAGAGCAUUGUAAUCCAAACACAAUUUUUACAAUUUUAGCUUUAGCCGUUUUUUAAAUUGAAUAAGCUUAGUAUUACACAGAUUGGACAAUGGGCUUAGUACUGAUUAAGUUUUUACGAUCAACGUAUUCUACUUUGAGCGGCGGAAAGAAACAGCCUCUCAACCUAAGCGUCUACAAUGUGCAGGCUACGAACAUUCCACCAAAAGAGACACUGGUCUACACAAAGCAGACCCAGACGACCAGUACCGGAGGCGGAAACGGCGAUGUGCUUGCAUUUGAUGCCCAAGGAGACGACGAAGAGAGCUCACUGCAGAACCUGGGCAACGGAUUCACCUCCAAGCUGCCACCGGGCUAUCUCACCCACGGCCUGCCCACCGUUAAGGACGUCGCCCCGGCCAUCACACCACUCGAGAUCAAGAAGGAGACUGAAGUGAAGAAGGAGGUCAACGAGCUGUCCGAGGAGCAGAAGCAGAUGAUCAUACUGUCGGAGAACUUCCAGCGGUUCGUGGUGCGUGCCGGCCGCGUCAUCGAACGGGCCCUCUCGGAGAAUGUGGACAUAUACACGGACUACAUCGGCGGCGGCGACAGCGAGGAGGCGAACGACGAGCGAUCGCAUGCGCGGCUCUCGCUGAACCGCGUCUUCUACGACGAGCGCUGGUCGAAGAACCGCUGCAUCACCAGCAUGGACUGGUCCACCCACUUCCCCGAGCUGGUGGUGGGCUCGUACCACAACAACGAGGAGAGUCCGAACGAGCCGGACGGCGUGGUGAUGGUUUGGAACACCAAGUUCAAGAAGAGCACGCCCGAGGACGUCUUCCACUGCCAGAGCGCGGUGAUGUCCACCUGCUUUGCCAAGUUCAAUCCCAACCUGAUCCUCGGCGGCACCUAUUCGGGCCAGAUUGUGCUGUGGGACAAUCGCGUGCAGAAGCGCACGCCCAUACAGCGCACGCCCCUCAGUGCCGCGGCGCACACGCAUCCCGUCUACUGCCUCCAAAUGGUGGGCACCCAGAAUGCGCACAACGUCAUCUCCAUAUCCUCGGACGGCAAGCUGUGCUCCUGGUCGCUGGACAUGCUGUCGCAACCACAGGACACGCUGGAGCUGCAGCAGCGCCAGUCUAAGGCCAUUGCCAUUACAUCGAUGGCCUUCCCGGCCAACGAGAUCAAUAGCCUGGUGAUGGGCAGUGAGGACGGCUACGUCUACUCCGCCUCGCGCCACGGCCUGCGCUCCGGGGUCAACGAGGUUUACGAACGCCAUCUUGGCCCUAUCACUGGCAUAUCCACGCACUACAACCAGCUGUCGCCGGACUUUGGCCACCUCUUCCUAACCUCGUCCAUUGACUGGACCAUCAAGCUCUGGUCGCUAAAGGACACAAAGCCGCUGUACUCCUUUGAGGACAACUCCGACUACGUGAUGGACGUCGCCUGGUCGCCCGUGCAUCCCGCACUCUUCGCCGCCGUCGACGGCAGCGGUCGCCUGGACCUGUGGAACCUCAACCAAGACACGGAGGUGCCGAUCGCCUCGAUUGUCGUGGCGGGAGCACCAGCCCUUAACCGCGUCUCUUGGACCCCAUCCGGUCUGCACGUGUGCAUCGGCGACGAGGCCGGCAAGCUGUACGUGUACGACGUGGCCGAGAACCUGGCGCAGCCAUCGCGCGACGAGAUCAAGAUGAACCAGAGCGAUGAGGUCUAGGACGAUAUAGUUAACUGGUAGUUGAGAGUCGGUACCACUUUUGCUAAUCUUACAGGAGCGACCUUGAAUGAAAUUUAAUUUGUAUUUUUGUAUCUUUUGUGAUCCCGCUACUGUGUAUAGCCCAGAACUCAAAACUCAACCGCAGUCCAAGUGCUCAGAAUCACUCCAAAGCCCCCAAGAAAUCAGGGGAAACUGCAAAAUUCUCUAGAUGACCACAGUAACUGUAACUGUAACUGUAUUAUUUUGUUACUCAAUAUUGGUUUCAUUCCAUAGCUAUUUUCCCAGUUCUGUUCCCACCAAAAAUCGCAACCAAAUUGGCUAUUCCGACUCCCCGGAAAUUUGAUUGGUGGUGGUAACUGAACUGCAAAUAGGAUUCAUACUUGAUUUUAAAUUAGUGCAACUAACAAGAUUGCAGAAAGAUCGUUUAUUGUUUAUUCGACUGUCGGGCAGGCUGAAAGCAACACAUAAAUAAAUUAAAUGCUACAUAUUAUAUACAACAACGUAUUAAGCGUGGAAGUGGGGGCUUGGGAAUGAAGGUACGAGGACUGAAGAUGGAGCUACGUCCCCUCAACUGAAAGAGCCCAAAUGUAAAUGUAUUAUAGCGAAGCCUAUUUAACGAGAUUAAAUAAACAUAAUAUCUAUAUAUACACCU